UGUCUGAUAAGGAAAAAAAUCACAAUUUAAAAUUCGUAAAAAAUACCUUUUUUGAAUUUUAAGUUUUAACGGGACUAAUUAGAAGUAAGAACUGACUAUCAGAGAGACAGUCUUCGCUGUAGAUACACAGAAAAGAAUAAAAUACUGUACGGAGCUGCCAUCGCCACUGAUACCCCACACGACUGCGGAGCCUUGAACAGUCUCGUUACCGAACGAUGGAAGACUCAAUACUUCAAUUACUUAUUGUUGGCGUUUUAUGGGGCAGCACGAAUCCAUUUCUGAAAGCUGCUACCAGUAAAAUAAAAAGAAAUAAGACAUUUAGUAUAAUUUCUGAGGUUACUAAUCAUGUAACCAAUUGGCAUUAUUUGAUACCAUUUAUUAUCAACCAAUGUGGUUCCUUGUUGUUCUAUUUCACUUUAAAAUAUUCAGACAUAUCUUUGGCUGUUCCUAUUGCAAAUGGAGUUUCAUUUGCGAGUACAUCAAUAGUAGGCACCUUGAUUGGAGAAGAAAAACCAAAAUUUAGAACGAUGGUUGGAAUACUAUUUUUAUUAUUUGGUAUUGUUUGUUUAAUUAUAGAU